AUGGCUAACACGACUGGUCAGAUUUGGUUCCUUUGGUCAGGGAACUAUCAAACAAGUGUGGUCGACAAUAAGGAGCGGCAGCUUACUAUGAAGAUGCAAUACACCCCCGCUAAUUGUGAUCUAUAUCUCACUGCAGUUUAUGCCAACUGUACUGAGAAUGAAAAGAGAGAGCUUUGGAGCAGUUUGGAAGACAUCCACACUCACAUCAAAGGUCCUUGGUGCAUUGGGAGUGACUUCAAUGUAAUUCUAGACCCAGAUGAAAAAAAAGGGGGCAAUCCUCACAUAAUGCACAGAAGCUUUGAGUUCAGUAGUUGUAUGGACAAUUGCAAGGUGGUGGAUUUGGGGUUUGUAGGCCCUAAAUUCAUGUGGUGCAACAACUGGAGAGCUAGAAAAAGGAUUUCGAAGAGACUUGACAGAGUCUUUGUUAACGACCUAUGGACCCAACUUUUCCAGAUUAAUAUGGUCAAGCACCUUGGUAGAACUGGAUCAGAUCAUAGGCCUCUCCUCAUCAAAUGUGAAAAGGAACCUCAAGCUGGCGUCAAAUACUUCAAAUUCCUAGAUUUUUGGGCUGAGCAGCCAUCAUUCAUGAACCUGGUAGAAGAGGUUUGGAGCACUCAAGUUCCUGGAAAACCCAUGUGGAGGCUACAACAGAAAUUGAAACUUCUUAGUAAGAGUCUCACUAGAUGGUCGAAAGAGAAGAUUGGGAAUGUUUUUGAACAAGUUAACAUAUGGGAAGCAAAAAUGGUAAACUUGGAAGAGAUUGACACUCUUAACAACACAGAUCAAUCUAGAGAGGAGCUCAAUAAAGAGCAGGCAGAAUACAUCAAGUGGCUAGGUAUGCAAGAUGCCAUCCUUAGACAGAAAGCGCAGCAGAAAUGGAGAUGUAGGCUCCAUCUUCACACGAUCAAGGAUCAUAAUGGCUCAUGGGUCCAAGGGGGUGAAAAUAUUUCAAAGGUGGCUAUGCAUCAUUUCAAGCAUCUGCUUAACCUUCAGCAUCAAUUCAGUAAUCAUGAGGUCCUCAACUGUAUUCCUAAAUGUAUCACUGAGGAAGAUAAUGAUCUUCUCAAAGCAAUACCUGACGAGGAUGAGAUCAGAGAUGCCGUGUUUAGUAUGAAUGCUUCAAGUGAAGCGGGACCUGAUGGUUUUAAUGGCACCUUCUAUCGAAAAUGCUGGAAUAUCAUCAAGAAUGAUAUUGUAGACUUUGUGCAGAACUUUUUCAAUGGCAAGGGCAUGACCAAAUUCUAUAAUCAUACAUGUCUGAUUCUAAUCCCUAAAGUCGACUCCCCAACCAACUUCUCUGAGUUCAGGCCUAUUAGUCUGAGCAACUUCACCAGCAAAAUCAUUUCUAAGAUUCUUUCUAGAUGA